AUGGAAGUACCUAAUAUGAUAAAUCCUUUCCAGACAUUAAGUAUUAGUACAAAUUCAUCGCGUUCGACAAUAAAAUUUGCUUUUAAACAAAAAAUACGGUCAUCUUCUAGAUAUGAAAGAGCAAUAUGUUCAUUGGCAUACGCUAUUCUGUGCUCAAAAGAUCCAAGCAGAUAUACGAGACAAAAUGACAUGUUUUUCGUUAAAAAGCAAGAUCAUUUUUAUUAUGUGAUUACUGGCAACUAUGAAUUAUUCGUAAGAGAAAUUAGCAAACAAAAAUAUUUACUAAACCAGAGAGACGAAUAUGGAAGAACAUUACUUUACAUUGCAACAAGAAGUGGUUUUCAUAAUAUAUGUCAUUUCUUGUUAAGAUCUGGAUGUCAAACAAAUGAAACUCAAGGUGAUGGAAGCACAGCUCUUCAUGCAGCAGCAUUUUAUGGGCACCAAUCGAUAGUUGAGCUGUUGCUUGAGUAUGAAGCUAAUCCCGAAAUAAGAAAUAGUUUUGGAAACAAUCCUAAAGAUGAAGCUUGCAGUCGAGAAAUUCGGGAUUGUAUUCUGUCAAAAACUGACGAUAAAAUAAAUUCGUGCUUAAAUAAAUUAAAGAGUGAUGAAUUAGUCAAAAAUUUAAUUGUUUUAAAAUAUGCUGAUAAAAUUAUUGGUAAAAAGAUUUUGAGAAAUUUCGACAACUAUUCGCAGUAUUCAAAAUCAUACUUAGAAACAAAUUGGACAUUGGCCUGGCAUGGAACUAAAUAUAAGCAUUUACAUUCAAUUAUGAAGUAUGGUUUACACUCAGCAGGCACUGUGUUAUCACCUGGACAUCAAAUUUCUCCAGAAAAAGGUCAUAUUGGUUUGAAUGUAAAAGUGGGAUCAUUCACGAAUUGGGCCAAUGCUGUAUUCAUUUCACCGAGUAUAUUUUAUGCAGCGGAUGCAGUAUAUUCCGAAAGAAUAUUUUCGGAUAGUCAACGGUGGUGCGUCAUUAUUGAAAUACGAGUCAAACCAGGUUCAUUUACUAAGCACAAGCAGACUCUGUUGAAUCAAAGAGAUUUAUUGCCAGGGGAACCCGAGGAUAUCGAAUAUAGAGUAGCUGUAAACAAUGACGAUGAACUUAUUCUACGAGUGGAGUCCAAUGAAAAUGUCGUGGUCACUGCUUUGCUUUUUGUCAAUUUAACUUUUCUCGAAAAUAUCAAUGAAUAUUAUCAAGGACAAGAUUUAUUUGCUAAUUCUGAAGCUGAAAGAGCUCUCUUUCAAUAA